ACAAUGUGUCAAAAUAAAAAAAAUGAAGAGCGUCAAAUCGUCAAUAAAUAUUCCACGUUAUAACUAAAUAAUUUCUAAUUCAGCUUACAGAACAGUAAAAAAUGCUAAAUCCACCAGUGUAGUGUGACAGUUUUACAUUGACAUAUAAAUUUUUAUAGCGCGUGUGCCCAGUGAGAUAUAACCAAAAAUGACAAGGUCGCCAAAGGAUGAUCCGCGAUACAAUGACAUGCAGCAGCACAACGCUUGGAAUUACCGUGCAGAAACAACUGAAAACUGUGCACCUGGCAUGUUAAAUGAAAGAAAACAAGUGCCGCUUUCAUCCAACACGCCUACAAUGAAUGAUAACAGUAUGUACGCUAACGGCGAUUUCACGAACGAUGUUUAUUUGAACAAGCAUCCUUACAACGUGCAGGCGGGUGAAACCGGGGCCAGCCAAGAUGAAAAUAUGUUGCUUAACAACAUGCCUAAUGCCGCUCGCGUUAACAAUCAGAAUUAUGGAACCGCCAUGCUUAAAUUAGCCAAUGGGCAAGUAGUCAGGUUCUUUUAUGACGAAAAUACUCAACAACUAUACUUCCCCAUGUCAGGACAGUACGAGUUAUUCAACCACAAUCAGGGGCUGCGUGAAAUGCCUCUCCAGGCUCCUCAGCAGGCCCCAAUGUUUACUCCGAACCAGGAAUACUCCAUCAACAAUAACAAUGUUCAGAUGCAAACACCAACCACUACCGCCCACAAUAAUUACAUACAAGAAAACCUCAUAAAUCAAACCUCUGCUAUGCCUACCUCCAACUUCUUGAAGGAAGUUUUAGGAAACUGGGAGCCCAAUUCCUCUGGUACUUACUCUCCCUUUGGACAAAACUAUCCAUUGACCCAUCCUGAUGUGCCACCUAAUGUUCUUCCAAAAAAGCCAAUGGAAUCUCCAAUAAGUCAAAUGAAGCCUGAGAAUUCUCCAAAAAGAAAUGAAAACAGUCCUUUAGCAGACACAAGUAACAAAAAACGCAUUGUGGCCGAGGUGAAACCAAUGCGUCCAACAUAUUCUGACGUGUUAGCUAAAAACAAGAAUAAUACCCAACCAGAUGCUAUUAAGGCUAAACCACAAAAUAGUAUAGAAAUUAAGACUUCCAGCAACAAAAACAGCUCCAAGCCUGAUAAACCAUCGAACCCGAAACAUACUGAUGAUAGUAGUAAGCAAAAAGAGAAAAAACAGCAAUCAAACACUAUAUCUUCUGGCAGUGAGUCUGGAGAUAUAAAUAAUGAAGACAUUGAAAAGCGUCAAAAACCCAGUAAAAAAUCCAAGAAUAAGCGUAAUAAUAUAUCUCGUAAGUGGUCCUCUUUUGAUGACAUCACUAAUGAAGAAGAUAUCAGCUACACUGAAGGCAGUGGAAGUCAAUUUGUUUUCAUUGAGAAUCAAGAAAAACCUAAGAAAGAUAGGAAAGUUAAUGAUAGGGCUAAAUAUACCGAUAACAAUGCCACAGCAGAGGAUGAUUCUAGAGCUGAUGAAGAAGAACAGUCUCAAUUUGUCUUUCAAGAUAACCAGACUGACAGUGCCAAGGCUCGGAAGAAAAAAGAGGCUCGUAUUAACCAUAAAAUGGCAAAACCAGUACAGGAUAAAAAGAAAACCACCCAGACUAAGUUUAAGAGGAACAAGCCUGGGUAUUUAGGCCUGGCUCAAAACUACCUGGAGCAUUGGGGAGAGGCUGCCUGGAAGGCGAUUGUAUGGUUCUUCUACCUGCUGUCAGAUAUAUGCAGAAUGACUGCACAUUUGUUGUUUGAUCUUUGUACCUCGAUGUUUACGCAAACGUACGUGAGUUCCCAAGCGGUGUGGCGAAGCAGCAAGGAGUGGCUUUACAAGAUCGCCGGCAACAAGUACCUGGUCUACAUUGACAGAAAAUUCGGACACACCAGAUUCGGCUUCUGGAGGAAAAUAAAAUGGUUCAAGAAAGACGUCGAGGUUGAUAACAACGACUCUAGCAAGCUUAACGCCAAUAUACCACUACCGGCGACAGGCGAGGAGGCAAUGAAACGGCUGCUGGCUUGCAAGGGGAAAGAUCCGUACAGCAUAUUGGGCGUGAGCGUAACGUGCACGGACGAGGAGAUCAAACGGUACUACCGGCGGCAGGCGUUCCUCGUGCACCCGGACAAGAACCAGCAGCCGGGCGCCGAGGAGGCCUUCAAGAUACUCCAGCACGCGUUCGACCUUAUAGGAGAGCCGGAACGGCGCGAAGCGUACGAAAGACGAGCGCUAGAAUCGCGCCACGUGGAGGCGGCGUGGAGCGAGCUCAGUCAGCUAUUAGCGCAGUUGCAGGACAAGAUGGAGUUUGCACACAACACCAUCAGAUGCACGAACUGCGGGAGGCGCCACAAGCGCGUGCUGACGGACCGGCCGUGCUACGCGGCGCGCUACUGCGUGCAGUGCAAGAUACGCCACUCCGCUAAGGAGGGCGACAUCUGGGCGGAGUCGAGCAUGAUGGGGCUGCUCGUGAUGUACUACGCGUGCAUGGACGGCGCCGUCUACCAGAUCACGCAGUGGGCCAGUUGCCAGAAAAAGAACUUAAAGCAGUUAAGGCCCGACUGCCACGUGGUGCAGUACCGCAUCGUGCUGGGGAACAAGGCCGCCGCCGCCUCAGAUCUCAACCAGAGACCUUCCACUGGACAUGAUCCUAACCUGGAAGAGUUUCUAAACAAUCUAUACAGCAAGUCAGGAGUACCUCCGAACACUAACGCUAAGCAGCCAACGCCAGAGACUUCCGACGCCAAGAAGAGACGCAAUAAAAAACCCAAAGCUUAAACGAGGAUUUCUUAACUAAACUGUGCCCCAUAAAGAACCUCAAAAACAAUCCUCACAACUGUCAAAACGACUGACGCGUGCCAUAUUUCAAAAGUAGAACAACUUUUUAAAACAGCGUUUUAUUACGCGUCAGUCGCUUCGACAAAAUGAAAAAUAACUGAAACAAUGCCUUUCAUAAAAUAAAUAUUGAAUUUUUUAAACAAAAUAUAAAAAAACUCCCUUAGUUUUGAAAUAACGUGACACUUGAAGGAUAUAAGUAAUAAGCAUUUAGAGAUCGUUAUGUGUAAUUAAAUGUCGCUAAAGUACCUACUUAGGAUAGACGCGUAAGGUCAGCCACACAUGCUACUCAAUUCCUAGGGAAAUUGACCUGAUAUUAACGCGUAUCGUGUGCGUAGCCUUACUUAAAUUUAAUCACUAAACUUGAGUUAAUCUAAUAACUGUAUUUUUUAGAACCAUGUGUUUGAAUAUUUGAAGGAGAUGUCCGUUUUAUUUAAAAUACUUUUAACCAUGUAACGUUUUACUAUUCGGUUAUAACUGAUCUGUACCUGUAUACUUUCGUAUCUGGUAUCACAACAUACCAAGCACGAUCGCAUUUAAUUGGGACAUAAAGCAACUAUCCAAGCUAGUUCCUAUACAAGUAUAUCAGUAGCACCAGUACAUUAGCGAUGUGUAUACAAUUAUCUGAACACACUUAAUUUGUUAUGAGAAUGAGAUUGUGCGUGCAGAUCAUUUUGAAUACCUUGGAGACAAACUCAUAAUAUCAUACGAACGUGCUAGCCCGAAAAGCUUGAUUCUUUGCUUGAGCCUAAGAACUGAAAUAUAGUUAGAUAUCACAUUGUAUGAUUAAUUGAUUAUCUUAACUAAUUGUAUGCAACUUGGAUACCUACUGAACGAUUUCGAAAAUUUACCUUCAUUAAUUAGAUGUUAAGAACAAUAAACCGUUGAAGGUAACAGAUUAUCAAUCAAAAACCAAUGAGAGAGGGCUGGUCAGUGCUGGAAGCUUUUUCUUUUACACUUUCAAGUCAAAUGUUACUUGUAGCACUGUUUCAUUUUGUGCGCUUAGUUAUUGCUCUCAAUAAAUGUUACUGAAUAGUACAAUUUUUGCAUUCAUAAUUUUAAUGAUUAUUUUAACGACUUUAAUAUUCACGUAUGUGUUACAUAAUUUUUAUUAGACACGAAAUAUAACAAAGUUUUUGACAAUGUAAAUAGUCCCAUGUAAACAGUGGUAGUAAUAUUCAAAUUUUGACUGAUGUAUAGAUAUAACACCGCGCUCCCCAUAUACAAUAGAACCGGUGGGUCUAGCGUUUAUUGCCGAAGUUAAACCAUCAUCUUCAGACCUUUUCAUAGUGCAUUCACACCGGGAGAACAAUUGUUGACCAAUAAGAAAGCAGCUAUGUUUUAGAGCGAGAGCAAUUCUAUAGUCCGUUUUAACAAAUCAUUACUUAACGCUCAAAGGCCCAAAGGCUGGGUACCAGUCCAUCUAAUUACAAUUUACCCAAAAAGUUUUAACCUUUAAUGCUACACGAUUGAGGGUCGGUUGCGCCAAACCAUCUGUCUUCCUGAAAGCGUUGCAAAAUUUUAUUGUAUGGGAAGUGUCAGACCUGAGUUAUAUUGAUCAGUCCGCUUAAUAUGGUUGAUGCAACUGGCCCUAAAUCGAAUUACAAAAUCCAUUUGUGUUCAGUGGUAAGUGCCUCCGCUGUCUUGCGCGUGUGCACGGAGCGGGUGAACGAAAAAUAGUAUGAACAACGCUAACUGGCGUGGACGCGUGCGACGGAUUUUACUCAUGAUGGUACCCGCGAAAGACAGCGGAGACACUUAGGUUAAAUGUAGCACGUCUAGUCUGCUAUUGUAUCGAAACUGUUAGCCCGGUAUGAAGGCACCAUUACAUUGAGAUUAGACUGGCGAUAAGCUAGUUUGCAAUUUACACCAUGAGAUUAGACGGUGAAACUCGUGGGGAUCGCUUGCUUAUUCUAGUCUCAGAAGUUCUGUGCGGUGAAAUUUGAUCCAUAUUAAUGAACGAACUAAGGUUCAGGUGGGACACGGAAUUUUCGAACUGCUGAGACUAGAAGGCACGAAAAACGUUAAUGGUUACACUGCCUUCUGAGAUUACUACUGUUACGCUAGGCUAGAUCGCUGUCCUAGGUUCACUGUGCGUAGACUUCGCGCUUCAUGUGUCAAUAAAGAUGUGAAAACUA